CUAUGAAAAUGAAUGUGUCAUUGUUGAUGUAGUUAAUUUGGACUUGGGUUAUUUGUCUUUUCUACUAUAUUUUGGAUCCAACUGACGAUCACGUCAUUACCAAGGAUUUUAUACCUAACUCUUACAAAUACAUCUUUUGCGGAUCAACGGACUCCGAUUUUACCUAGGACAUGGAUUUCGGCGAUAAAAGGAAAAAACAAAAACCAUAUUCCGAAUACGAACGGCAGACGCUCAUGCAGUUGGUGCAACAGAAAAUUGAUAUUGUAGAAAACCGUAGAACAGAUGUCAUAACUCAGAAAAAGAAAAACGACGCGUGGGAGGACAUCAGAAAUAAAUUUAACAAUUCUGAUAAUGUGUCUCAUAAAGCGAGUGUUGCACAACUAAAAAAAAUGUGGCAAAAUUUAAAAAGCCGGGCGAGGGAGGCAAAGGCUGCACUCGCGCAAAAAAAAUUGACUGACUGUGGGCCUGCACAUCCUGAUAUAGAGGUGGAAGAGACCCAAGUCCUUUCUAUUAUACCCACAGUGAUACCAUCGAUCAAUGUCAAGAUAGACAGUGAUAUCAGUCAACCAAGAACUUUUAAAUCAUGCAAGUAUUUAGGUCCUACAUUUAUUUGACAGAGCGUC